AUGGAUUCUGCCCAGUCGGAAAAGAAUUUACCUCCCACUAAGCACCUUGAGAUGCUUGAUGGCAAAUCAGCGGAUGAAUCAGAAGCACACGGCAUGCAGCACGCGUCCCCAGCGGAAGCAAUGCUGUUGAAGGUGGAAAAACGGGUGAUACUCAAACAAGAUCUCACCGUGGUGCUUUUACUUGCCGGAUGCUACUUCUUCGCAUACUUGGACAGAGGGGCGAUCGGCAACGCGAGAGUCAUGGGUUUUCAAAAAGACUUGGGUAUGACGAGCAAACAGUUCUAUGACUGCCUCUUGAUGUUCUAUGUGGGUUACAUGAUAUUCGAGCUUCCAGCUAGUCUAAGCCUACGGGUUUUCCGCCCGCCCUGGGUAUAUGGAGGUGCUGUUAUAUCUUUCGGUGUCUGCUCGGCGUGCAUGGCACUGGUCAGAACCUGGGCCCCAGUCAUGGUCAUCAGGCUACUCAUUGGAGUAACUGAAGCAUUUGUUCAAACUGGCUUUGUCUUCAUAUCGCUCUGGUAUCAAAAGAAUGAAAUCACGACAAGAUGUGCCUUGUACUACGGUGCCACUCCAAUAGCAGGCGCCUUUUCUGGUCUGAUCGCUUACGGGGUUGACAAGAACCUAGAUGGAACUCUGGGCAAGACCUCAUGGGAAUGGUUCUUCAUCAUUGAAGGUGUAUUGACCAUUUUCUGGGGCUUGCUUGUUUUCAUCCUUUUGCCCAGUUUACCAGAGACCGUGGCGAAGAGAGGAAGCUGGCUAUUUCGUACUGAGGCCGAACAUACGAUCUUGAUGAGACGGACCAUUCAAGCUAACAAUACCCCGGACGCCAAACCUCGAAUGUUUCAAGUGGUUUGGGCUAUGAAAGAUCCCAAAACUUGGCUCGGGGCCUUGAUAAUAGCAGCCCCUUGUCUGAAUGUAGCAGCAUUCGGGACGUUUCUCCCCACUUUCAUUCAAGAAUUUGGCUUUUCACGGUUACGGACUCAGUUGAUGUCAAUGAUACCAUACGCUUUCGCCGCUGUGACCCUGCCAACCAUGGCGAUCCUGGCCGACAAGCUGCAAAAAAGGGCCAUCCCGAUCCUGGCAUGCCUCGGCACUUCCCUGAUAGGCUUCAUCAUGAUCCUAACAAGUGUAAGGAGAUCUGUUCUCCUUGCCGGCUGUUGCUUUGUCGCGGCUGGUAGCUACCCCGCCCUGAUCAUCGCAGCAAGCUGGCAAUUAUCCUCGCACGCAGGUUACACGAAACGAUCCACCGCCUGGGCGACCAGCCAGGUCUUCAUCCAGUGUUACAGCAUCAUCAGUACCCAAAUAUAUACGGAGCCUCCUCGGUACUUCAAGGGCCAUGGGACAUUGCUGGGGCUCAAUGCGGUCGGAGUCGGGGCUGUCCUACUGAAUUACUGGCUUAUGUCGAGGGAGAAUGCACGAAGGGAUAAAAGGGCUGAGGAGUACGCAAGGAACAGUGAAGAGGUUCCUGACAGCGAAAAGGACUUUGAGGAGAUGUGUGACCGUCACCCGCAGUUCAGGAAGGCACAACUGACUCUUGAAAACGACGAACUGCGGAGUCAACUGAACCAAGACUCAAGACAAACCCUCCCAUCUUUUCCGACCGUGACGGAGGGUGACGCUCGCUGCCAACGUUCAUGGCGCGAUCUAGGCCCCCAGCUGGCUGUCACUGGAGACUUGACAUCCCCUGUAGUCACGUCUCCCGAUGUGCCUCUUUCUUUUGGCGCUCCUGAAAAAUUGGACGGAUUGGAGAUGGUGCAUUUGGAGUCCUGCUUCAAUCUAUUCUUUAAGCACUAUGCUUCGUUCCUUCCAGGGGUUUUUGCUUCAAACAGCCCCUUUUUGGGCUAUUAUGAACGAUCUCCUUUCUUGUUCUGGACCAUAAUCUGCACUGGAGCUCGUCACUUCCAGAACCCUGCGUUUUUCCAGAAGGUAGGAACCAAAACUCGAGAUCUCACUGCAGGUAGUAUUCUGCAAGUCCAGGAUCCCAUCCCGACAAUUCAAGCGAUCCUCAUUUUGUGUCUCUGGCCGUUGCCCCUUGACACUAUGUGGAAAGAUCCUUCUCACGCACUGGCAGGGGCUGCCAUGCAAUUGGCCGUGCAAAAUGGUCUGCACAAAGCCCAGAACGAGCAGGAUUUUAGGAGGGUUUUAAUAAGUAGCAGUGACGGAGGGCAACUAUUUCGUGUGCGUCUGUGGCUUCACUGCGUGAUGGUAUUUCAAAGCACAAGCACGUGUGACGGCCUCCCUUUUUCAACAUUGCCAGACUGUGGGGAGAUGUAUACCGAAAAAUUGCUACACUCGGUGGAAGAUCAGGCUCUCCUGGACCAGUAUAAGAUACAUCGGCUUCAAACAAAAGCUAUCGCGGCGUUUCUGCAAAACAAUGAUCUGCAGGAAAGCAGUAAAUGCAAAGGCAUCUCGGUGCUGAUCAACGUCUUCGACUCUCAGAUCCAAGAAGUAGGCGUUAUGGGCAACAAUAGUAUGACCACCCUGGCAUCGACAUGUGCUCGACUCUCCGUCUUGGCAUUUCAUUUGUUUUCACCGAUGAGCGACAGUAAACCCCAUGGUUUGGUGUGCUUGCUUGCAGUCUGUACGGACGUUCUCGACUUGGCGACAAAGCUGGAUGCUACACAAGUUUUCGCUUGGUACUCUACAAACUACUAUUUACGAAUGGUACUGCUCGCGGCCUUCUGUGUACUCCGAAUUUUGAGGAGCAGGUUACGGAAGGUGAUCAACACCAACGAGGCCGAGCAAUCAUUCUUCAAAGCCAUCAACUUUGUCAGGAAUCGAUCCACACUGUCCACUGACCUUGAUGCUAGGUAUGCGAUAAUCCUCAAGCAGCUUUACUCGAGCGAAACAGCCUUUCUGAGAGAAGAUGGAGAAGUGGACGGUUUACGCUUGGAUAUUCGUAGUCGAUUGUUCAUGAGUAUCGUGUUCGAUAGUUUUUGGUGGUGGCGAGCCGAGUUCGACGGUCGUGCCAAUCCCUACCUGGCGUCAUCGGUCAACAUCACAAAUCCGGGGUCAACAGGUUCAGAGGCACUGGAAACACACGCCGACGGCGAGGUGUAUUCUACGAUGCCAGUUGGAACUGAUCUUGUCGACACACUUCGUGUGCCCACCGAUUUCACGGAUUGGAAUUGGCCUGCUAGUCUGGACCUGGACGAUGGACAACUGCAGCUUGCAGGACCAUAUUGA